GUCAUUCCUCCAUUACUAAUGACGAUACCGGUGGCAUUGCUUCUGCUUCUGCUUCUUGUGAAUCUGAAUCUUGGGAAUUGCGGUGAUCACCAUCCGGUUCAGUGUCCGGUCCGUCUGUACUGUAAAGAAAACAAUAUACUUGGUAUUCAUUACACAACCGGUAUUCUUGAGCUGCCUGGCUUUCCAUCCUCAGUAAAACUCACAGUCCGUCACGUUAAUUACACAUCAAAAACUUUAGAAAUAUUUGAUCCCAAACACUGUUUACCAGAACUCUUUCUCAGACUCAACUACUCAUCGUUUUAUCCUUUCCGAUCCAUUAAACAAUCACUUGAUUUCGAUAGUGAUUUGGCAGAACCUCCUGAGCCAACCAACGUUACUUUCUUUAAUUGUUCUUCAAGAGACCAACCGCACCGCCGGAGACCCUCCGACUCCGACGAACAAGAUAGGAUAUCUCUCACAGACGAACAAGACGCGCUAUCUUGUCCGAUUUAUGUGGCUGAAGAUUACGACGAUGUCAUCGACUCAAACCUGCUACCCUGCACAAAACUUUUUCAUCGGGUUAUGCCAGUAUCCGCAACUAGGAUACGGAGUAAUUCAAUGGUCUUGGUAUGGAAUGAAACAACGCACAAUGGCCAUGGAUGUUUUGUUGGUUGCAACGUAUCCAACGAAGUACCUGAAUUUGAGACUCCUAAUGCAGGGAAGCUUAAAGAAGGGAAGGACUACGAAUCCAUUAUUUUACUCAUCACAGUCAUAGGUGGAGUUUUCUUUGUGUCAACGCUUCUCGGUGCAUUAUAUCAUAUAUAUGGCUAUUAUAGGAACAAAGGGGAAGAUCAACAAAGAGUUGAAACUUUUUUGAAGGACUACGAGGCAUUAAACCCAACAAGAUUCUCUUAUGCUGAUAUCAAGAGAAUCACUAAGAAAUUCAAGGAUAAGUUAGGUGAAGGAGCUCAUGGAUCAGUCUACAAAGGUAAAUUGUCCAAUCAAAUUCUUGUUGCUGUCAAGAUCCUCAAUAAUGUAGACAGAGAUGGGAAAGAAUUCAUAAAUGAAGUGGGAACUAUGGCCAAAAUCCACCAUGUCAAUGUGGUUCGCUUGCUUGGCUACUGCGCCGAUGGAUCUCACCGCGCUUUGGUUUAUCACUUCUUCCCCAAUGGUAAUCUCCAGAGCUUCAUCGCUUCGUCCAGCAACAAAGAAAACUUUCUCGGAUGGAUCAAGUUGCAUCAGAUUGCUCUCGGCAUAGCUAGAGGGAUUGAAUACCUUCACCAAGGCUGUGAUCAAAGAAUUCUGCAUUUUGAUAUUAAUCCUUACAAUGUCUUGUUAGAUGACAAUUUCACUCCAAAAAUUUCAGAUUUCGGUUUGGCUAAGUUAUGCUCCAAGAAUCGAAGUACUGUAUCCAUGACUGCAGCAAGGGGAACUUUAGGAUACAUGGCGCCGGAAGUUUUCUCUAGAAACUUCGGGAAUGUAUCUUAUAAAUCCGAUAUCUACAGUUAUGGGAUGCUAUUGCUUGAGAUGGUUGGAGGAAGAAAGAAUACAAACAUGAGUCAAGAAACAUUUCAAGUUCUAUAUCCAAAUUGGAUACACAAUUUGCUUGAAGGAGAUGAUACGUAUAUUCCAAUCGACGAUGAUGGAGAUUUUAAAAUUGCAAAGAAACUGGCAAUAGUGGGACUAUGGUGCAUCCAGUGGCACCCAGUACACCGUCCCUCCAUGAAAAAUGUAGUUCAAAUGCUUGAAGCAGAGGAAGACAAGUUGAAAGUGCCACCAAAUCCUUUUGAAUCUACUGCUGCGACUAGUUCAAGUGCAAUUAUUCCAGCAAGAUUCUUGAAUUUGGAAUUGGAAGUGAUUCCAGAAACAGAAUAAAUGAGCUAAUUGUUGUAAAAUAUAUCACUCAUGCACUCAUGUUUGUAUCAAAGAAAAAAUAAAUGAAGAAUUUGUUUUUACAUGCUUUUUGUAGGGAUAUCUUGGAUUUCAAAAACAAUUCAUUGACUGGCACUUAUGAUGGACAAAUCUUGUGCUAAAGAGGGUGUAUUAUUUUGGAA